AAUCUCGAGCCAAAUUUUGACAGAAAAAACAUGCAACAGAAACACCUAAAAAAUUAUCCAGUUCUCCAGAAGUUCCUUGAAAGUCAUUGUCAGAGGCAUCAUUACUUGUUCACUAUGAAAAGGUGCAGAGAUCAGGAUUGUGCAGUCUGUACUAUCUCAAGUGAUGACAGAGUACCUAUUGAGCUUUUGGAAUCCCUCCACAAGUUUCCUCUUCCUGUUCCUGGUGAUCAAGCAGAUCAUUACAAAUCUUUUGAUGAGGUUUGGGGUUCAGUUCCUACAGAAAAGUUCAGGCCAAGUCUGGGAAGACUGUUGGAUGAAAGCCAGGAGGUGGUAGUUCCAUUCACUGUGUCUGGGGAAAACUGCAGAGGUUUUUAUCAAGUGUGAAGUGUGCCUGAAACCAAGAUGUUAUUAUGCACAGUGAGAAAAUCAUUCAUUGAAUAGUUUUCUUUCA